AUGAUGGAGAACCUUUCAAUGAAUGUUGGGAGCGUUUCAAAGGGCUGUUGCUGCAAUGUCCACAUCAUGGCAGGUGGAGCUUUGAAGAAGAAAAAUGCUCAAGAGUCAUAUAACAUUUAUGAGAAGUUGGGAUCUAAUGCUCAACACAAAGAUACAAGAGGUAAACAAGUUGGAAUGUAUGAAAUGAGUUCUAAUAAUGAUCUUGCCUUGCAGGUGGCUAGUUUGGAAAAGAAUAUUGAUUUUGUGCUCAAUAUGGCACCUAAGAUAGCUGAGGUGUGUGCCAUUUGCAACAUACCAGGUCAUCCUACUUAUCAAUGCUCAGCUAGUGAGGUUUAUCCCGAAUUCGUUCAAGAGCAAGUGAAUCUCAUGAAUUCUUACAAUCAGAGGCCGAGGAAUGACCCGUUCUCUAAUACAUAUAACCUGGUUGGAGAGAUCUCCCAAUCUCUCGUGGAAGAAUAA